AUGCUUGUUGAUUAUGAAGUGAACGGUGAAAAGAAACAUCACGAGGGUCAUGGUAGUGGAAGUUUGAUUCUGUUACCAAACAAUGCCACCAAAAUCAAAGUUAGGUUUCAGGUCAUGCGCUUUCCUGGUGUUUGGUCUGAUGUGAAAGAAUACGACCGUUUCGAAAAAUGUUGGGUAGAACCAACCGAACCUCAUAUUUUUGAGUACGAAAAACCAGUGAGUUGCACUUACACUUUGGCUGUAAACUUGUAUGGGGGAAAGAUCACGGGCGAAUACCAUGACGAUAUAUACGAUACUGAUGAUGAAAAUGAUUUCAACACACACGUGUUUUACCAUGACGAUAUAUACGAUACUGAUGAUGAAAAUGAUUUCAACAGACACGUGUUUUAUCAUGACGAUAUAUACGAUACUGAUGAUGAAAAUGAUUUCAACUCUCAACCAAAACAGGACAUUCCGAGUGAUCAAGCUCUAAGAACUAGUCAAGAAAUGAGAUCAAUUUCCUCCCAGAAUAUUGGCAUGCAAGAAUCACCUCCAAGGGUUCAGGACGAAACUGCUUCUGUUAUUCCAGUUAAAGGGUCAAAUAAUGAGUGGUUUGAAGAAAACGUAUUUAACGAAAACUAUGACAUUAAAGAGGUUUACGUAAAUGAAUUGAGAAGUGAAAGAUUCUCUUGGAUAAAAGAUUUCCAUAUUGGGAUUGAUAAAGAAAAAAAGUCAUGGCAAAUAUGCAUCACCUACGCUCGAAACACAAAACCCUGCAUGGAAGACCUAAAGAAUUUGUUUGGUGAUAACAUCGCUUCAUUCGUUGAAUUUAUCCGGGAGAGCGACGAUGAAGAUGAAGAGAGAUUAAGAACUUCCUCUUGUUUUCUUCGAGCACCUAGUUCUGGUGAUACUCUGUAUCUUCAAAAUGAAAAACGCGGAACCAUAGCAGUCCUUGCUGCCCAAAUACGAAGCGACGAAAAGCACUACGUCAUCACCUCCUAUCAUGUUUGUUACUGUUUCAACGAUUUACCGCCGGAAAACAUAUUUGAAGCACACAACAAACUGAAAGAAGACUGUUGCUCAAAUGACGCCGCUGGAUGUAUUGGCAGCAGGUACCAAUAUAUGGAUCAAGAAAAAGUAUUGGGAGUGUUCGAGUGUGGUUUAUACGAUGACAAAAAUGAUAUUGCUCUCAUCGCACUUGAAAAAAAGCUGACCUGCGAUGACGCAAUUGCUUUCCUUGAAAAUGGAGUUGAAUCAGAACUAUUGAGUAAAACACAAGUCGGGAAAAUAUUUACACAAUACGUAAAUAUGGGAAAACUACCUACAGUUAAAAAACAUGGCUCGGCAUCUAACGAAACAGAAGGAGAACUUUUUGCAAUAACAACAACGUGCCAGCAAAACAACAUGAAUGACGGUUUUUAUCGAAUUCGGGGGAAAAAUGCAGAUAAUUUCGCCAAAAAAGGCGAUUCGGGCGCCUUGGUGUAUAUAGCACAUGAAAGUAAGAAUUUACCAUUUGCCAUAGUAAGCAAUCACGUGCCAAAUGAAAACGUGUAUUACUGCCCAAAUUUACAUCAAAGUAUUGAAGCGUUAAACGAAAAGUAUAAUUGGAUCAACAUUAAUUGGAUCAGAGCGGCUGCUGCGCGCCGCUCUGCUCCGCGAAAUUGAAUAAUUUUUUUUCUCUAUUUAUUGGAUCCAUCAACAAAAUAUAUCACGAAACGUUGGAUAAAGUUUUGGUCCUUGGAAAUUAUUAGUAAUUAUUCAGUUAUCUUGAUCAUUGGCAAAGGAAUCUGGUGGAUUUACUCACGGUUCUGGGCUGAACAUUAAAAUUUUCCCCUUGGUCAGUUUCCGCUCGCGCAAAACUAAAGACGGUUGAUCACGAGUACGAACACGUACGUCUAAAAUUAAAUGUAUUUUAGCGUGUGCUAAUUUAAUUUUUUAUCAAAAAAAGUAUGACUGCCUUCUUUUCGAGAUGUUGCAUAUCAAGGAACUAUCACCAUCUUUGAGCACUCAAUCGGACUCUAUUCGUUCUAAACUUUAUACUUAAUCUGG